AUGUUGAAAACUUUGUCUUAUCUUAAUUAUAGAGAAGUCCGGCAGAUCAGUUAUGCUUCCCAGACAACCAACACUGCCGGCGGAUUGUCAACUCUCCUGGAUUAUGUGUUUGUAGAGGGUAAUGGCGACCGUCGCGACGUGCCAAACGCAGUAAUUCUAAUAACAGAUGGACAGUCCAAUACGAAUAGCCUUUAUACUGUUUAUAUGGCUGAACAAGUACGAAACAAUAGCAUAACCAUAUACACAGUGGGCGUGGCCCUUUCUGACACCACUGAGAUCGAGGCCAUUGCAUCACUUCCGGCUUCUAAAUACGCCACUGCUGUAGAUACUUUCGAUGAUUUAGAUGGGUUUGGAAAUUCCUUGUUACAGCAGAUUUGUGAAGAUAUACCAACCACUACAACAUCAACUACACCGACCACUCCGACUACAACUGCAACUCUAACUACCACUACCAUUCCAACGACAACUCCAACUACCAUGUUAGCUGUAACUACUAAAACCGUAACAACUCCAACUGCUCUAACCACUACCAACACAAACACAGAGACAACAAACAACGCUCCCACAACUACAAACACAGCGACAACAAACAACGCUCCCACAGCUACAAACACAGAGACAACAAACAACGCUCCGGUAACUACAAACACAGUGACAACAAACAACGCUCCUACAAUUACAAACACAGUGAUAACACACAACGCUCCUACAACUACAAUCACAGCGACAACAAACAACGCUCCCACAGCUACAAUCACAGAGACAACAAACAACGCUCCCACAACUACAAACACAGCGACAACAAACAACGCUCCCAUAGCUACAAACACAGAGACAACAAACAACGCUCCGGUAACUACAAACACAGUGACAACAAACAACGCUCCUACAAUUACAAACACAGUGAUAACACACAACGCUCCUACAACUACAAUCACAGCGACAACAAACAAUGCUCCCACAGCUACAAUCACAGAGACAACAAACAACGCUCCCACAACUACAAACACAGAGACAACAAACAACGCUCCCACAGCUACAAACACAGAGACAACAAACAACGCUCUGGUAACUACAAACACAGUGACAACAAAUAACGCUCCCACAACUACGAUCACAGCGACAACAAACAACGCUCCCACAGCUACAAACACAGAGACAACAAACAAUGCUCCUACAACUACAUACACAGUGACAACAAACAACGCUCCCACAACUACGAUAACAGCGACAACAAACAACGCUCCGGUAACUACAAACACAGAGACAACAAACAACGCUCCUACAACUACAAUCACAGUGACAACAAACAACACUCCCACAGCUACAAACACAGAGACAACAAACAACGCUCUGGUAACUACAAACACAGUGACAACAAAUAACGCUCCCACAACUACGAUCACAGCGACAACAAACAAUGCUCCCACAGCUACAAACACAGAGACAACAAACAACGCUCCGGUAACUACAAACACAGUGACAACAAACAACGCUCCCACAACUACGAUCACAGCGACAACAAACAACACUCCCACAACUACGAUCACAGCGACAACAAAGAACGCUCCCACUGCUACAAACACAGAGACAACAAACAACGCUCCGGUAACUACAAACACAGUGACAACAAACAACGCUCCCACAACUACGAUCACAGCGACAACAAACAACACUCCCACAACUACGAUCACAGCGACAACAAAGAACGCUCCCACUGCUACAAACACAGAGACAACAAACAACGCUCCCACAGCUACAAUCACAGAGACAACAAACAACGCUCCUACAACUACUAACACAGUGACAACAAACAACGCUCCGGCAACUACUAACACAGUGACAACAAACAACGCUCCGGCAACUACUAACACAGUGACAACAAACAACGCUCCAGCAACUACGAUCAUAGCGACAACAAACAACGUUCCCACAACUACAAACACAGAGACAACAAAUAACGCUCCCACAACUAUAAACACAGUGACAACAAACAACGCUCCUGCAACUACGAACACAGCGACAACAAACAACGCUCCAGCAACUACGAAUACGCCGACAACAAAGAAUGUUUCAUCAAGUAUGGUUACAAAAACGUUUCCUGUGAUAUCCUCAGUCAAUGGAAGUUCUAUGUAUAUUUCCUCGUUAUGCUUGUGUACAUGUAACGGGAUACAUUACCACACAAGCACUGGACAUGAGCUACAGCAAUGGAUACACACUACACGUGACUCACUUUCCGUGAAAUCCAAUCCUGGCAGUGUAGAAGCUCCGUAUAGUAUACCACAACCCUUCAGUUCACGUAACCACCUUCAGUUCACGUUCUGA